GUAGAGAGUGGCGUUGGGCUGUGAGUGGAGAGAGUUUUCUGCAAAUCUUUCUGGCCACACCCAAAAUAUCGAAUUUAAAACAGAGAAAGCUUCACUCUCUCUCUCUUGCUCUUGCUGUUGCUCUUGCUCGUGGAUUUGGAGAACUGUUCAUCGACGAUCUACAUUCUUUCAUUCGGCAUAUAUACUCUGCUAGUCAGUCAUAUCAUAUGCCAGGGAACAAGUAUAAUAACAGCAAUCCGUCGACACCAAGAACUAGAUUAGAAAGACUACUGAGGGAAAGAGAAUUAAGGAAAUCGAAUCGGUCUAUCAAUUUGAAUGAAGAAGCAAAGGACGGUAGCAGACAGGUUGAAUUGUUUGGGAAAGAUACACUGCUUGGGGAGGCUGAAACUCAAGACUUUUCCAAUGUAGAUGAGAAUUUGGAAGAGUCAUCUCCAAGGGUCUUUCUUGAUGGUUGUGAAAGGCAAGAUGGACAUGGACGACCUUCUAAACAGCGUUUGUUGGUUGUAGCUAAUAGGUUGCCUGUGUCUGCAAUUCGAAAGGGUGAGGAACAAUGGCUACUUGAGAUAAGUGUUGGGGGUUUGGUCAGUGCACUUCUAGGGGUGAAGGAGUUUGAUGCUAGAUGGAUUGGUUGGGCUGGUGUAAAUGUGCCUGAUGAGACUGGACAAAUUGCACUAACUAAAGCUUUAGCUGAAAAGAGGUGUAUACCAGUUUUUCUUGAUGAGGAGAUUGUUCAUCAGUACUACAAUGGUUACUGUAACAACAUAUUGUGGCCACUUUUUCAUUAUCUUGGACUUCCACAAGAAGACCGCCUUGCAACCACUCGUAGUUUCCAGUCACAGUUUGAUGCAUACAAGAAGGCGAACCAAAUGUUUGCUGAUGUAGUGAAUGAGCAUUAUGAGGAGGGAGAUGUUGUGUGGUGUCAUGAUUAUCACCUAAUGUUUCUUCCAGAAUGUCUUAAAAAACACAACGAUAACAUGAAAGUAGGUUGGUUUCUCCACACACCCUUUCCUUCAUCAGAAAUUCAUAGGACACUGCCAUCUCGAUCCGAGCUCUUGAAAUCUGUUCUUGCUGCUGAUUUGGUUGGUUUUCAUACAUACGAUUAUGCAAGGCAUUUUGUGAGUGCUUGUACUCGUAUACUUGGGCUAGAGGGUACACCUGAAGGAGUAGAGGAUCAAGGAAAGCUUACUCGAGUUGCAGCGUUUCCUAUUGGCAUAGACUCUGACCGAUUUGUUCGAGCUUUGGAAAUUCCUGAAGUCCAGGAACACAUGAAAGAACUGAAAGAAAGAUUUGCUGGCAGGAAGGUGAUGUUGGGUGUUGAUCGUCUUGACAUGAUCAAAGGAAUCCCACAGAAGAUUUUGGCUUUCGAAAAGUUCCUGGAGGAGAAUCCAAGCUGGCGUGAUAAAGUAGUUCUACUUCAAAUUGCUGUGCCAACCAGAACAGAUGUUCCAGAAUAUCAAAAGCUUACAAGCCAAGUUCAUGAGAUUGUGGGACGCAUUAAUGGGAGAUUCGGAACUCUUACUGCUGUUCCCAUACACCAUCUGGACCGAUCUCUUGACUUUCAUGCAUUGUGUGCUCUGUAUGCUGUUACUGAUGUUGCACUUGUUACUUCUCUUAGAGAUGGGAUGAAUCUUGUGAGCUAUGAGUUUGUUGCUUGUCAAGCAGCCAAGAAAGGAGUUCUCAUUCUGAGUGAGUUUGCAGGUGCAGCACAAUCGCUCGGUGCUGGCGCCAUUUUAGUAAAUCCAUGGAAUAUCACAGAAGUUGCUUCUUCCAUUGCUUAUGCUUUGAAUAUGCCAGCUGAUGAAAGAGAAAAGAGACACCAACAUAACUUCAUGCAUGUAACAACUCAUACAUCUCAAGAAUGGGCUGCAACCUUUGUUAGUGAACUCAAUGAUACUAUCGUGGAAGCUCAACUGAGGACUAGGCAAGUUCCACCUCUACUUCCUAUGAAAGAAGCGGUUGGCCGGUACUCAGAAUCCAAUAACAGAUUGCUUAUACUGGGGUUUAACGCCACUUUAACAGAACCAAUUGGGGCUCUGGGGAGAAGAGGUGGUCAAAUCAAAGAAAUGGAGCCUAAACUGCAUCCAGACCUGAAAGAACCACUGAAGAAACUAUCUGAGGACCCCAAAACAACUGUAGUAGUUCUAAGUGGAAGUGACAGAAAUAUCCUAGAUGAUAAUUUUAGUGACUACAACAUGUGGCUAGCAGCAGAAAAUGGGAUGUUCUUGCGCCUUACAGCAGGGGAAUGGAUGACUACAAUGCCUGAGAAUUUAACUAUGGAAUGGGUUGAGAGUGUCAAGCAUGUUUUCGAGUACUUCACUGAAAGAACACCUCGAUCACAUUUCGAGCUUCGUGAGACAUCACUUGUCUGGAACUACAAGUAUGCAGAUGUCGAGUUUGGAAGGCUUCAAGCAAGGGACAUGCUUCAACAUCUCUGGACAGGUCCAAUCUCAAAUGCAUCUGUUGAUGUUGUCCAAGGUAGCCGAUCUGUCGAGGUUCGAGCUGUCGGUGUUACCAAGGGUGCAGCAAUUGAUCGAAUCUUAGGAGAAAUAGUUCACAACAAAGGCAUGAAAGCACCAAUUGAUUAUGUCUUAUGCAUUGGACACUUUCUCCCAAAGGACGAAGAUGUGUACACAUUUUUCGAACCAGAACUACCAUCCGAAACCCCACCUCCACCAAGAGCCAUACUAACCAAUUCAAUCACACCAUCAUUGCCAAAGUUCUCAGCCAGCAGCAAAGGUAGCUCAAAAUCGUCUCGCCUCAACAAACAACGCUCCAUGUCUAUGAUAGAGAAGAAACAAACUACUACUAACAACAACAACAACAGCAACAACAACAACAACAACAACAACAACAACAAUCAUGGGAGUAGUGGUGCGAAUCCUUGUAAGCCAACAUGGCGCGACAAGAUGUCUCUACACGAGGGAUCAUCUGUUCUUGAUCUCAAAGGUGAGAAUUACUUCUCUUGUUCUGUUGGAAGAAAGCGUUCUAGUGCUAGGUAUCUACUCGCAUCAUCAGAUGAUGUUGUUACUCUCCUAAAGGAGUUGGCUGAGGGUUAACAUUUUGCUAAACACAAAUAAUAAAACAAAAACAUUCUUUACUUACUACACAAAUGUUUUUACUUGUUCUGUUGUAGCUGUAUGGAAAUGUUGCGAUGAUUCUUUUGUUGAAAAAACUGUAGAGAGAAAGAGAAGAUAUGAUUCUUAGGCAAGACA